AUGGUAGGGAAUGUAUCUUCAGUUUUCGCCGAUAUUAUCAUCAUAGGUGAAAGGAUAGAGAUUGGGUUGAAGAAUGGAAAGAUUGCAUAUAGCUCGCUCGCAGCUACAACUCUUAGAAAGCUCGGUUUCAAUCCAGGGAAGAAAAAGGAAGUAGAAGUGCACGCAACGUCCACAGUACCAAGGUGGGAAAACCAAGCCCACACUCAAAAUUAUCAACGACAGGCUAGCACAAAUCUCAACCAGCCUUUGGGGCAAAUCGCUAGUCCCAAAAGCAAUCAAGAAAGGAAUUUUGUUCAUUUCACUCAUAUUCCUGUGACUUACACAGAGUUGUUGCCAGAUUUACUCCGUAAUGCUUUAGUAGCCAUUUGCCCGAUGAAGCCCUUGCAACCGCCAUAUCCUAAGAAUUUUGAUAUAAAUGCCAAAUGUGAUUAUCACGGAGGAGCCAUUGGACACUCUACCGAGAGAUGCUUAUCUUUCAAAGACAAGGUGCAAGCUCUAAUAGACUCAGGGUGGUUAAAAUUUCAAGAGGAUAAACCCAACAUCGAGGCCAAUCCCCUCUCUAGGCAUGGUAAUGCUUCGAUAAAUGCUAUUGAUCUCAAUGAACCCAAGUUGGUUAAGAAUGUGAGCGAAAUUCAGAGUUCACAAAGGGAUAUUUUUGAGGCGCUACUAAUAGCAGGACUGUUGGAAGGAGAAUAUAACUUGAAUGAGGCAUGUGGGUUCCAUCCAGGUGCUAAACACUCCAUCAAGUUGUGCAAUAGGUUUGAGAGCUUUUUGCAAAAUCUGAUCAAUAAGAAUAUCGUACAAGUAUGUCGUGGGGGUAAGGAGGAAGAAGUUUUUGCACAAACCAAUGAGAAAUCUGUCAUGUCGCCACCAAAGCCAUUGAUAAUUCGUUUCGCUAUAUCCACUCUUGCACCAACAUUUCCGAAAAGACAAUCUGUUGUCAUCCUAUCACUUUCACCCUUCCCAUACAAAAGUGAGAAGGCGGUCCCUUGGAAAUACGGUAUACAUGUGUUAGGAGAGGGACAACAAACAAAAAAUCAAUCAGCCGAUGGGGAGCCAAUUGUAGAAAAUAUAUCAGGCACUGGAGGAAUGACAAGAAGUGGUUGUAUCUUCACCCCACCCAUUUUAAGGAAGGACGUAGUUGGCAACGAGGGAAUAACAAUAGGAGAAAUUAAAGAACUCUUGAAAGAAAAGGACGUGCAAACACAGGAAGGACCUAAAAAAAAGGAAAAGCAAGAAAUAUCUGAUGCAGAGGCUUGUGAGUUUUUAAAGUUUAUACAAAAAAGUGAGUACAAAGUAGUAGAACAAUUGAAACGCAUGCCUGCUCGGAUUUCCCUUUUGGAAUUACUUAUGCAUUCAAUUUCCCAUAGAAAGAUGUUAAUGAAGAUACUCAGCAAAGCUCAAGUGGAUCAGAAUAUUUCCCUAGACAAGUUUGAGGGAAUUGUUGGCAAUAUCACGACUAAUAAUUACCUCACCUUUACUGAUGAUGAGAUACCUACUGAAGGUAAAGGACACAAUAAGGCGUUGCAUGUAUCUGUGAAAUGUUUGGACCAUGUCAUGGCAAGAGUUUUAAUUGAUAAUGGUUCCUCAUUAAAUGUGAUGCCAAGAUCGACGCUAGAAAAAUUGCCAUGUGAUGGUAUGCACAUGAAGCCGAGUGCCAUGAGUGUAAGGGCCUUCGAUGGAAGCAAGAGGGAAGUAAUGGGAGAAAUAGAGUUGCCAGUUCAGAUCGGUCCUUGUAUCUUUCAAAUAACAUUUCAAGUCAUGGAUAUUAUUCCAGCUUACAGUUGCUUGUUGGGCCGCCCUUGGAUCCACUCUGCGGGAGUGGUGCCUUCAACAUUACACCAGAAACUGAAAUACAUAAUGGGUGAUAAACUGGUAAUAGUGUCAAGUGAGGAGGACCUCUUUGUGAGUGGGCCCUCAUCAUCUCGUUACAUUGAAGCAGCAGAGGAAGCCUUUGAGACAGCUUUUCAAUCACUGGAAAUUGUGGGGAAUGCAUAUGUUGAACCAUUUUCGAUGGUCCCACACAUGUCUUGUGCUUCCCUCAUGAUGGCCAAGGUUAUGUUGAAAGAGGGUUACCAAUAUGGAAAAGGGCUUGGUAAAAAUAACCAAGGGCUAACUUUCCCCUUAGAGGUCUUUGAAAACAAGGGUAGAUACGGUUUGGGGUACAAGCCUACUAAAGAAGACAAGAGGAGAUAUGAUGAUGGAUGUUUUGAAAAUGUUAAUGUCGAUUUUCCUAAUUUUGAGCACCUCGUUGAUAAUAUGGAAGGUGAUUAUGAGGAUGAAGUGGAACAAGAAACUAAAGAGAUAAAACCCCAUCAAGAGAAUGUUGAAGUGCUCAAUUUAGGAGAUGUAGGAGAGAUAAAAGAAGUGAAAAUUGGCACUAGUGUAAAGAAAGAAGAAAUACGGGAGCAAUUGUGUGCUCCACUAAAGGAGUUAAGGGACGUUUUCGCAUGGUCAUAUAAUGACAUGCCAGGACUAGAUACUAACGUAUUGCAACAUAAACUCCCUCUCAAGCCAGAGUGUCCUUCCGUCUUGCAAAAGUUGAGGAGAAUGAAACCAGAAAUGUCCUUGAAAAUUAAAGAAGAAGUAAAAAAGCAAUUUGAUGCUGGUUUUUUGGCUGUGGCGAGAUAUCCCCAAUGGGUAGAAAACAUUGUACCUGUGCCUAACAAGGAUGGGAAGGUUCGAAUGUGCGUUGACUACCGAGACUUGAAUCGGGCCAGUCCAAAGGAUAAUUUUCCAUUACCGCAUAUCGAUACGUUGGUGGACAAUACAGCCAGAUUCUCGUUGUUUUCAUUUAUGGAUGGUUUCUCGGGUUAUAAUCAGAUCAAGAUGGUGGCUGAGGAUAUGGAAAAAACUACUUUUAUUACAUUGUGGGGGAACUUUUUGCUAUAA